AGUAAGACAUCCAAAUAGUCUACUUUUAGAAUAAUGAUAACUUCAUGGGUUUUACUAACAUUGCGCUGUGAUAUUUAAUGCCCAUUUUCCUUAAGAUUUUUUGUCCGUGAAAACAUGUACCGUGAUAUCGAUAAAUUUAUAAAUACAGGUGCCUGCCUAUCGUACAGGUACAAUGGAACUAUGGUUUUACGGGCUUAAUACAGUCAGAGAUUUGUAGAGAACAUGAACGAACGGUGCAUUUCUUUGUUCUUGAUGAAAAUUAAAAAUUCUUAAUACAGUAUUAAGAAACGGUUAUAGUUACGUCAAGGUAACUUGUUUGGAACGGAUAAACAAUUAGAAAUGCAUUGUCUGAUGACUAACAGAAACACUAAUUAUUUAUAAUCUGUGUUUUGAAAAUGGAGAUGUGAACGGUGUAUUUUGAUAUAAAAUGCCAUGAAUAUUCCACGAGGGAAAUGAUAAUUUCUUUGAUCUAGCACCCGGGAUAUUCCUAAGGAACAAUAUAUUUCCAUGAAAUUGCAAACAACGAAAUCUUUCAAAAUUUGUAUGUGUGUAGUGUGAUAUUUUCAAACAUGUUUUAUACUUACACAUUUGUUACCCUUAAAUCAACAUACGGGUCAUUGACUAUUCUAUCUUGUAAAAGGAGAAAAUUAGAGUAGCUAACACUUUUUGUGUAUUGAAAAACCUUACUUAUCAUCAGUCAAGAUUCUGACACCAGAAGUUCUACAGAACUAUAUGAAACUGUUGAAAUAAUGUAGGUAUUGCAGUGGUGACUUUCCAGGGAGAAUAUAGGGACAGUCAUGGAAUGUCUGGUCACUGACAACACAACAAUAAUGACCGGGAACCGUAAACUACUUGCUGAAACCAGUCGGAUUAUUUAUGGAUAUGUACUUCCUGUUGUAUGUAUAUUUGGAAUUGUGGGAAACGUGAUGAAUCUCGCCAUUCUCACACGAAGAAAACUUACAAAGUCUUUCAAAAGCUUGGAACGUGCCGCAAACAUGUGUUUAAUCGCCCUGGCUCUUUCAGAUUUUUGCUUCUGUUUAUUUGCUUUUCCGACAUCAUUUUUACCAAGUGACGAUAUGUUCGCAAACAAAGGUUUUUUGUUUUACUACAGAAUGUACUGUACGGGAAUUAUCAAUAUAUUCAUCCUAACCAGCACAUGGCUGACAGUGACCAUGUCUGUUGAACGCUAUCUGGCGAUCUGCCAUCCUUUCAAACAGACCUUCUUUUUAACCAUAAAAAAGACCAAAAAAAUUAUUGUGAUUGUUUACAUAGUAUCUGUAUUAUUUAACAUUCCAGUUUUUUGGAGAUAUGAUCUCAAAGUUAUCAAGUGCAAUAACGGAACUGAAUUUUUCUUCCAGCCAACUCGCGUCAUGUUGGCACAUAGUGAAAUGUUUGACAGCAUUUAUCGAAUUUUGUGGGCGAUAAUUGGAAAUUUUGCACCAUUAAUAUUGUUAAUAGGUUUCAACAUCUGCCUGUGUAGGAAAAUCCACAAUUCUUACAAGUUUCGGCAGAAAUUCCGAAGAGAUGAACAUCAAGGUCAAAGCGACGCGGGUCAAACUUUGACAAUUACACUUGUUGUUAUCGUUGUGAUGUUUUUAAUUCUUGUGGCACCAUCAGAAGUUGUAAUGCAUGCUGGGCAAAUCAUGCAUAGGGCAAAUGAUGCCACAUACAAAACAAUUGAAGUCAUACUCAAUUUCAUGCAGUGUGUGAACUUCUCUGUGAACUUCGUUCUUUACUGCAUUAUAAGUCCUUAUUUUCGACGAACUCUGAAAUAUAUCCUUUUAUGCCGGUGGUAUUUUGGACGAAAAAAGAAAUUCUACCUGGAAAUAUCAAUGAAGAAAGUGACAUUUUCUCAUUAUUCUCGAAGAUCUAGCAGCAUGUGAUGCAACUCCAACAUCAAAAAUAUUAAAUAUUAGAUGAAAAUAUGAACUGUUCGGAUGAAAAUAUGAACUGCUUGGAUGAAAAUAUGAACUAUUCGGAUGAAAAGAUGAAAAUAUGAACUAUUUGGGUAAAAAGAUGAAAAUAUGAACUAUUCUGAUGAAAAUAUAAACUAUUCCGAUGAAAAUAUGAAUUGUUCAAAUGAAAAUAUGAACUAUUCAGAUGAAAAUAUGAACUGUUCCAGAUAUUUUGACAGAAUGAUGUGAUUCACAUAAAUUUAAGUCAUAAUAAAUUAUCAUUUAAAUUAAUCAUUAAAAUUUUGCUUCUUUUAUGUAAUAAAACUAAGAGAAAUCUAUCUGAUAAUCUUCUGACUACAUCUCACCACUCAGAGGUUUAUUGCGAAAUGAUUAAUAUUUCAAAAAAAAAAAAUUACAAUACUCCCAACAAAAAUAUCCACUUUAUACCAUAUUUAAAGGAAAAUGCAGCUUCUCCUCUUAAACAAUUCAAUGUGAGGACAAUAAUUAUUGCUCCGCACAGUAACAAAAUUUAGUGCAUUAAAAAAUCACAAAAACUUUGGAGGCUGUUUCCAUGGAAACCGAAAAUAAAAUGGCAUUUAAAUUAUUUUUAGGUACUAAAUUUACUGUUAUCAAAUUUUAACACAAUUAUAAUCUUACACUAAGUCUCCAUAAUGAGCUUUAAGUGCUUUUUGCUAAUCUUGUCUGUGGAAGAACCUACUUCUAAUCAAAGAAACACACAAGUUUUUAGAGAAUUUAAGUCUGUUGUGGAAUUAAGACUA